AGCACGAGCGGGUGCGGAGAGGAGGGCUGGGCUCGGACCCUGCCUCCUGCAGGAGUGCUUCCUGCAAGCUCCUUCCUGCACUGUGGGGGCCUUGAUAUUCAGCAAGCCUGGGCCGAGAGAGCCCUGAUGUGAGUGGUCCUGCAAGCUUGCCUUGGGCCUCGUGUGGGCCUCCCCUGCUUCCACAGUGGUUCCAGGACACUAGAAACAAUCUGCCGGCCCUUUUGCUUCACUGACCACUAACUUCUGUGCUCCCGGCUCAGCUGGACUUUGCUGUCCCCAACACAGCUGUCCACCCACCUCUUGUCUGACUGCUGUGCCUGUGCCCUGACCUUUUCAGCUCGCCGGCCCUUCCCCUGCAGAAUGCCUCCUCCAAGAAGUCCCCUGCUCAGCUUAACAGGCCUGCCUUCCUUAGCUCCCCAUGCCCUCCCCAGUCUUGGUGGUCUCUGUGGCAGUGAUCCUGGGGUACAUGUGCUUUGCACACCAACCUGCAGAAGCGGCCACUUCAGGCUGAGAGCUGCCUGGGGCAGGGCAUGAGUGUUCCUGAUGGGCCACCUCGCUCCUCUGUCUUCUGUCCCCACAGCAGAGCUGGCCCUGUGGCCAGUGCCCGGAGAAAAGGCGAGGGCUGAGGCAGCUAAAUGGCCCCUCCGGGGACUUGGGUCCCCUGUCUCUGCAUGGGAUGGUGAGCACUUGGCUGGGGGCCCUGGAGGACGCCCCUCCAGGUUUCGCUCUCCCCUCGGUUGCUAUAAGCGUUCAACUCCCUGCAUCUGUCUCGGCGGCAGCCCCAGGGCCCCAGUGGCCUCGGCCUUCAGCACUGCCUAUGUUCUGGCCACUUCAGGGAAACAGCCACCCCUCUCCCCCUCCCUGGCUCAGGUGUGGAUAGCCAGGCCCUGGCACACCUGGCCAGUAUGGCUGGUGUUCCCAGAAAUGGCCCAGUCCAGAUGGAAAACCCUUCAGCAGCUGCCCACAGCACACCAUGCUCCAGCUGUGCAGCAGAGGGUGAGACCCUGUAGCCACGUCCUUCCUCACCAGACAGGAGCUGGGAGGCAGACACCUCCUCUCCUGCCCCUGGCAGGCUUGCACUCAAUGGUGACAGUGGUGUUUGUUUCUAGCCCUGACCACUUGGCUCCCAAGAGCAUUGUGAAGUAGUUCCCUGAGUGAAGACUCACACGCCCCACCCCUGCAUGGGGUUGAGGAAGUGGAUGAGGUGCUGCCAAGUGCCCAGCCCCGGGCCCUCUGUCUCCCCAUCCCACAGUGACUGAGGGUCCCAGCAGGUCAUGCAGCUGUGCCAAGGUGCCUCCAGCAUGGCAGCGGCCGAAGUGCCCAGCUACCUUGUGUCUCCUCAGACAGAGAAGCACCGGCGGGCCCGCAACUGGACGGACGCCGAGAUGCGCGGCCUCAUGCUCGUCUGGGAGGAGUUCUUCGACGAGCUCAAGCAGACCAAGCGCAAUGCCAAGGUGUACGAGAAGAUGGCCAGCAAGCUCUUCGAGAUGACGGGUGAGCGCCGGCUGGGCGAGGAGAUCAAGAUCAAAAUCACCAACAUGACCUUCCAGUACAGGAAAUUAAAAUGCAUGACAGAUAGCGAGUCGGUCCCUCCGGACUGGCCCUAUUACCUAGCCAUUGAUAGGAUUCUGGCCAAGGUCCCCGAGGCCUCUGAGGGCAAAGUGCCGGACGGCCAGCAGCCGGGGCCCUCCACGUCCCAGACCGAGGCGUCUCUGUCGCCGUCCGCUAAGUCCACCCCUCUGUACUUACCGUAUACCCAGUGCUCCUACGAAGGCCGCUUCCAGGACGAUCGCUCCGACAGCUCCUCCAGCUUACUGUCCCUUAAGUUCAGGUCGGAGGAGCGGCCUGUGAAGAAGCGCAAGGCACAGAGUGGCCACCUGCAGAGGAAGAAGCUUCGGCUGCUGGAGGCCAUGCUGGAGGAGCAGCGGCGGCUGAGCCGCGCCAUGGAGGAGACGUGCCGCGAGGUGCGCCGCGUGCUGGACCAGCAGAACAUCCUGCAGGUGCAGAGCCUGCAGCUGCAGGAGCGCAUGAUGAGCCUGCUGGAGAAGCUCAUCGCCAAGUCCAGCGGCUAGGCGACCUGGGACACGGGCUGGGACGGAAGCUCUCGGCGACGCUCCAAGUGGCUUUUGAUAUUAAAUGUGUACUUUUCAGUACUGCCUGGAGCAGGACUGGCACUGUCUGGCUUGGAGGGCUGCACCAGGGUGGUCAGCCUGCGUGUGGCCACCGCACCCUGUCCUUUCCAGCUCUGCCCUUGUCACUGGUGCUAGUGUCACCUCCAACCUCAGCGCAGACCCCGCACAGCCCAAGCUGCUUUCGUUUGCCUUUUGGCAGUGUUGCUGAGGCCACAGCCUCCAGGGAUGGGGUGCUGUACAGGCCGCCUGGCUCCCGCACCGCUGCUCCUCCCAGGCUGGGGAUGUUGAGGCAGUGAGACCGGGCUGGCUAUGAAAAGCCCCCAGCCGGGACUGGGUCCGUAAAGAAGCAGCUGCAGAUGGCCCUGUGUGCCGUGCGGAAGGGAAGGGAUGGCCCGAGAGGGGAAGGAGUCAGGCCCCCAGGAGAGGUCGGCGCCAGAGAUCGGGGGAACAGGGAGGCUUGAGCCUGCUGGGAGGUGUCUUGGGUCCCCUGCUCUUUGGGAAAAGCCUUCACCACCACAUGUCUGGGUCCAAGGGCACAGGGGAGGGCAGGGCUGUGGUGGAGACCACAGCAGCCAGCACCUCACCACUUCUGUCCUGGAGCUGAGUUUUAGGGCAAAAGCCCCAGCUCCUGCGUCCCCUCAUCCUGGGCUCAGCUGCCCAUGCCAAAAUGCCAGUCAAGGAGACCACAGGGGCAAGGGCAGGAAAAGAGCUUUACCAGCAUGGCCAUGCUGGGGAGCACAGAGCAGAUCUGUCCUCGGGCUGACAGAGCCUUGGGGUUUUACAGGAAAGGGGAACAGAAGCCAGGGUUAGGGUGGCACAGCUGGCAGCAUUACGGUCACCCUAGGGUCUGGUUGGUCAACAUCUUGGGCCGGGUUCCCGGAGGUCCUGGGAGUGCUGUCAUGGCAGGAGGGGGCAGGUCGGCUCCUUCUGGGGCAGCCUCAGCUCCCCAUAGGGCAUUGCUUCAUCGUGGGGUGGUCUGUGAAACUGCUGUGCUGGAAUGGGGAGCUGCAGGUUCAGGACAGUGGCUCGAGACUCGUAGGUACCGCUCCAGGGCUCUGGAACUGGACACUAAAACCUGGCAGUUUCGUGUCCCUGCAGAUCCCUGGAAUUGAAUCCUGAAAAUUACUGUAGUCACUCUCACCUUGGUGUCCUCAGCCAGAAGGGACACGAGAUGCGCUAGGGAGAUGGAGGCCAAUAAACCAUGGGCACGGACACUCCUGAGGUGACUGACCUGUCCUCAGAGCGGUAAGGGGAAAGGGAGACCUCAGGGAGGCAGACCCGCCAGGCCUCAUCCUGCUUUGGGCCUCUGCGGGCCCAGACUAGAUCCCUGUUCCCCUCAGUGAGUUCUCCCUGUGUCGUUGGCGAGGGCGAGGCUCCUGUCACUGCCGCUGCACCAGAGGCUGGAACCGGGCGUGUGGGACGUCCCCGCAUCCCAGGCAGACUGCUGCCCAGGCAGAACACGGCUCUGAGGCAGUGCUCAGUCGGGAGAUGACGGCGGCCCUGCUCGGGCUGCCGGGGGAGAAAACUGCUGGGACGGGUGGAGAAGCAGAGCCCCACCAGAUGCUGCCACUGCCACCCUGGAGUGCACUGAGGUCCAGUGAAUGGUGGGGCUCUGCUAGGGGUGGGUCACCUGGGGUGGGAGGCCAAUCCCAGGCCACCGGGGCUCGAGGGGCUGGGUGUCCCUGCAGCCCAGCAUAUGGAGCCGGGGAGCAGGCUCUACCGUGCUCUCAGGCCCCUGGCCUCCCCAUUCCCACCGGCUGUGCUGCGGGUGUUUCCCCAGCCGCCCCGAGGCCGGAAGAGUGCUUGCUGAGUCUGUGGUGUGAAUCCCACCAGAGCCAACUUCCAGCUGCUGACAGGAAGUUCCUGCUUCGGAAGGCGGGAAAGGCAGGCAUGGGUGGCUGUUGAGGGCUCAGACCCCUCCUGAAGAGCAGUGGGGUGACCAGGAGAGCACAGGGACUCCGCAGUCAGGAGCCUGCCCUGGCAAACGUGUAGCCCAGGUGCCCACCUCCUUCUCAGACGAGAUGCCACUUCCUCUAAGAAUCCAUCAGUUUAACAAUCCCACUAGGGGCCUGGUGUUCCUAAGUGCUGGAGACCUAGUCACAGAUGAGUGGUGACCCGCCUGACCAAAGAGCUGACCUCGGAGGCUGGCCAGCGCUUCACCUGGCCACAGUAGGUUCCCCAGCCCCGUGACAGGAAGGGCAGCUCCAAGCCCUCAAGCAGGAGUUGCACCUGAGUGGCCCAAAGGGUCACUCAGCGCAGAGGAGGGAGGGUCCCGUUGUGUCUGCAGCAUCCAGGGAACUCUGUGUCCCCAGGACCCUGGUCACACUCACCGGGGUUCUGUCCCUGCAGGGCCUCUGUUCCCUCUUUCUGCCCUUAGCAGAGCCUGGCCUCGAGCUCCAUGGGGCCAGGCACAGUUCUCCUUCCUGCAGCCAGAGCAGGGCCCGCCCAGCUGAGUGGAGCACUCAGCUGCCCAGCCUGGGGCUGGCACCUCCACCAGCAGUGUUUUGGUGAUAACUUUCUGAUUUCCUCAGUGGUGGUCGGUUCCAUAAGGAGGAAAAACGCCUGUACCGGGAAACAUGAACUAUUGGGUAAGGUUUAUCCUGAAGACCAAAAUCAGGAGGCAGGCACCUUAAUCGCUUCACCUUAUUAUUUGAUGACGUUCUGACGUUUGCAGCAGAUGCAUUAAGAUAAACAAAGUAAGCAAGGUAAGAGAUGAAAUUAAAAAAAGAGAAAAACCUUUCUUUUCAGAAAAUACUUUAUAGACCCAGAAAACCAAAUGUACCAAAGAUGAAGUGCUCUUUCUGUUGGCCUCACCUAUUAAAGUAAGGAUGAUGAAGAGGGUCGGUGAUUUAGCUCCUUGGUUGUACCACUUGCCUUGCAAGCAAGCGCAAGGACCUGAGUUUGAUCCCCAGUACCAGAAAAAAAAAAAAAGUAAGGAUGAAGAAAUGCCCCAUUCAGGGCUCUGGUGCCCCACAUAGGGUGUCUGGAAAGGAACUGAGCCAGGGGCUGAGUUCUGUGUGAAGCGGACUGCAGUGGCGUUAGAGAGACUGCGGGAAGCCAAGUAUUCGCCGGGCUUCAUCUGGGACUUUCCGCCUGUGCUCUAAGAAACAGUGAGUUUUUGCUUUGAAAUGGCUGAAAUUCCGUUUUACCCCCUAUGAAAAAGGAAUGGAGCCCAACAUCCUAGGCUGAUCCACAGUCAGAGACCUGCUCAGAGGGCCAGGCGUGGUAGCACAGGCCUGUUAUCCCAGCACUCCAGAGGCCGAGGCAGGAGGGUCUCUGUGAAUUCAAAGCCAGCCUGAACUCCAGAGCGAAGUCCUGUCUCAGAACACACGCUCAGCCUCCUGAGCAUCAGGACGUGCACACUGAGACCCUGAGAGUCUGCUGCGUCACUUGCAGGACGCUGGCACGGGUCCUACAGUCUCAGAGACUGGGAGGGGUGGCAAGAACGGAACACAUUUCCUGAAACCACAAGGCAGACUAAGCUCUCCCCUGCCUUAAAGAGGAAACAAUGGGAAUGCACAGGUUGGAGCACAGGUUGGGGUAACGCAGCUUGCUGAGGAGCUUCGGGCCCUCAUCCAGCGCAGAGUCCCCUACCUCGGUGAGCAGAGAUGCCAGAAGCCGCAGUCUCAGUCUCUAGCAGAAUUCCUUACU